CCACGCCCCCUGGGGGAGGAGCCAGCCCGAGGGGCGGGACCGGGACAGCUGCGGGGUGGGGCCUUCAGGAGAGGGCGGGGCCGAUCGAUGCAAAGUUCGAGCGGGUGGGGCGGGGUCUGCGCUAUGCAAAUGAGGUGGGCGUGGCCCGAUUGCGUUGCUGCCGGCAGGCGUGGGCGGAGUACAAGGGGCGGUUCCGGCCCGGGGACCCCCCGGACCCCGCGGGGUGGAAGACGCGGCUGCGCUGCGCCCUGGCCCGGAGCCCCGAGUUCCGCGAGCUGCGUGGGCGGGGCCCCUCGGACGGGCCACGCCCCUACCGCGUGUACCGGGUGCUGCCCGCCCGCGAGCCCAAGACCCCCAAGGGCCGGCAGAGCCAGAAGGAGGCGGGGCUGAGCCCCCCGGAGCCCCUCCCACCGACCCCGCCCCCCGAGAGCCGAGAGGAGGCCCCGGAUGAGGAGGAGCCCGAGGCCCCGCCCCCGGCUCCGCUGCCCCUGCACAUCGAGGUGGAGAGCGCAGAGCCCCUCCCCCCUGCAGAGGGAGACGCGGCGCUGCUGCUGCGCCUGCGCAGAGGCCCCGCCCUGGCCUGGCAGGGGGCGCUGCCCCCCGGCGAGUACCUGCUCAGUCCUCCGGGCCGCCAGGGGGCGCCGCCGCCGCCGCUGCCGCGCCUGGUGCUUCCGGUGGGGGCGGGGCCGGGGGUGCUGCUCAGCAGCGCCCCCCGCGGGCUGUUCCUGCGCAUGCGCCCCGGAGAUGGCCCCGCCCCCGGCGCCGUGAGGGGCCCGCACGCGCCGCACGGGCCGCUCCAGCAGGGGGCGCUGCUGCAGCCGUUCGACGCCAAACGCUUCCGGAAGGGUGAGAGCAACUUCCGGUGUGGGGAGAGCAACUUCCGGGGGAGGGGAGAGCAGCUUCCGGGAUAGGGGAGAGCGACUUUCGUCGGCAGUAACCUACUUCCGGUGGGCGGUAGAGCAACUUCCGGUUGGGUGAUACUAACUUCCGGGAGCGAUGCAAACUUCCGGGAGGGGGAAAGCAACUUCCGGGAUAGAAGUGAGCAACUUCCGGGAAGGGAGAGCAACUUUCAGUGGGAGUAACCUACUUCCGGUAGGCGGGAGAGCAACUUCCGGGGGAAAGAGACCAACUUCCGGGCGGGGAGAGUGACUUCCGGUGGGUGGCAGAGCAAUUUCCGGGGGAGGAAGGGCAACUUCCGGCUGGGAGGA